AUGAAUCAACAUAUCAGCACUUAUCAGAACAAAACUUACCUUAUCCCUUACACAAAUAAUAUAUAGAGGUUUCCUCUAUAUAGCGCUAAAAGCGCAGACAUUUUCCCAGGAGCUUUCCAAGUUCGUCGGACCAAAUCGCUUUUUGGUCCGACCAAGGCAUUGAUUUGGUGCAACCUACCGAUAAAUUCCGAUCAGAAUUUAUCGGCCUUACAGCGCCAAACAUAGGAAACUUCUAUAUAUUAAAUUGGCGAUUCGUGCCAACCUGCCUUCUUGGUAUAGCAGUCCAGACCUUAUGGCCACGGCGAACUAAGACGAACUCCGAGAAUCAAGUGCAGGCUCAAGAGCUGUGCAUUCUGGUAGGUUUUGGAUGCUUUCCUGUGGUUGAAAUGGAGGCACUCAGCAAAAUGUUUUGCAUCCGAAGACCCAUAGGCAUUCCACUACCGAUAAACUGGGGUUCAUCCCUGACCACAGGAGAACAGUCUUUUUCCUGUAUCUUUCGACAAAAGACACUUCAGCACCUGAUUCUUUGAAUCAAGCUACUCCAAUCGCCCAAGCAGGUUCGCUUAAUCCCAUAAGCUGCCCACUCAAGAUUGAAGCCUCAAGGUAAGGAGGAGACAGAAGGUACCAGAAGGAUACUCAUAAGAGGGAUAGACCCUCUGGGCUGGAGUCGAAAAGCGUUACCUCCCGUACAGAGGUCUUUUGGUGACUGCGUCACCAAUACAGCUAGCACCUUGCUUUUAAUAAACCUAAUCCCUUACAAACAUAAUCAAACAAAUUUGUUUAUCUAUGAUACUGAAUCCGAAAGAGAAACAGUUCAAGUUUUGUCUGCUCCAGAGAUUCUAAACUUUGGCACAUGCAUAACUCUACUUCCUAAUGGUGAACUUUUUUGCUUUGGCAAAAUUGAUCCAUAUUCUGGCAUUUCUUUAAUAAUUGACCAAAAUUUCGAUAUAAGAGUUCUGCCUUCUGGGACAUGCUGUGCCUGCUCAUCAGGUAUUUAUUUAAAUAACAGCGUUUAUUGCUUUGGAGGAGAAAUGAUGACUGCUCCACUGCCGCUUGCCGAAAGAUUUGACUUAGAUGAAAAUAGAUGGAUUAUGUUAAAUCCAAUGGAGGAAUAUGAUUAUUAUUGCAGCUGCGUUAUGUUUAAUGGGAAUAUUUUAAUCACAGGGUUUGAAAAUAAAAAUAUCUGACGAUAUUCAGUUGAGGAGGACUCUUAUACAAGGAUUUCUUUUGAAUUUGCAGAUAUUAAAAGAAAAAUUUUGAUAAGUGACAUUUCAGGUAAGCUAUAAUUAGAGAGGUUGUAUUUGAUUGAAUGUGGAGGGCUAAUUUUUGAAAGCGAAAUUGAAGAUGACAAUGCUUGAAAGCCAAUUGGAAGCUCAUUAAUAAGCAAUGUUUGACCUGUUCAAGUUUCUUAUGCAUAUAAUGGCAGAGCAGUGUAUUUUUCAAUGAAUUCGGAUGAAUAUCGUUAUAAGUUCGAUUUAGAUGAAAAGAAUAUGAUUAAAUUUAAGAAUUAA